AUGUUCACUUUGUCAAUACUAGCUGAAAAUGACUAUCCAUUAUGUAAACCAGCAACAAAAGCAACACAAGCAACAAUAGCAAGAGUAAAAAAGUUUACACCCGAGGAUUACAAGAAAUCUAAAGAAGUUUUGGGUGGAGAGGAAAUUUUAAAAAUUCUCAAGGAAAGAGAUUUAAAACUUUUACUGGAGUACAGCACCCGAUUGGUAAACCGCACAUUGGAUAUUUUGUGCCAAUCUGAUAUUCAUGCUUUUCUUGAUAAUAUGAAAGCACCAUUAGAACUCGUAAAUUUUCGAACAAAAUAUUAUGAGGUGCUUAUUAAAACUACUUUUGAAGUACCAAUUGAAAAAUUGAAAUUUGUAGUUUGA